CUUGCUGUAUUUGUCUUUUCGCUUGUUCUGGCUCAUUUUGUCGCCGGGCUUGUCGAAGCUGACAGAACGGCUCGGCCUGUGAUCGGCCUAUUUCCUGUGCUGGAAACCAGGUAGGACUACCUGUGUACAGGGAAUGCAUGAAAGUAUCUGAAAACUGGGAGGACAGAUAAGCCAACAUCCAUGGAAAACAACUUAACUUUUGAGGAGGGCAGUGACAUGUCGUAUGAAGACAAUGGCUCAGCCUUCCCUUCUCCAGUGACGCUGACCAUCCCAGGUCAGAGUGAUGACUUUGACCUUGAAAGGGGGAGGGAGGAGGUGGAAGAGGAUGAGCCAUCUCCGGAGCCCAUCGUCAUUCCCACCAAUUCAGAGGCUUUUCUGAACCUGAAUACCAAUGCCACAACAAGAGGGGAUGCCCAAGCCUAUGUGGAGCUGAAUGAGCUCGAGGGAAACAUCUGGCAGGAGACUGGCCGCUGGGUGGGCUACGAGGAAAACUUUAACCAUGCCACAGGAAAAUGGGGUCCUUCUCAUGUCUCCUAUCUCACUUUUACCAGCCUGAUCCACGUCCGCAAGGCCAUGAGUACAGGUGCUAUUAUCCUUGACAUGAAAGCCAGCAAUCUGUCUGCUGUGGUUGAGAAAAUGGUUGAUGAGCUGCUGAACAAGGAUGUGAUCCGUUCCAGUGAUCAUGAUGACCUGUUGAGAGUUCUCCUGAUGAAACGCAGUCAAACUGAGGGACCUGUGGUCACUCCCUUUGGUGAUAUUCAGAUGCAGACCUUUUCUGUCACAAAAAAGAGAGACAGCUCUGACAAUGUAGAGGCUUCAAUUGUCCUCUCAGGUGAACUGGACUUCCUGCAGAAACCAGCUGUGGCCUUCAUCAGGCUGAGUGACUCUGUGGUGAUGGAGUCUGUCCUGGAGUCUUCUAUCCCCGUUCGCUUCAUAUUUCUGUUGGUGGGCCCCGGCCACAGUGGAAUCAACUACAGCGAAAGCGGUCGUGCCAUGGGUGCUCUGCUGGCCGACUGGGUGUUCUGCCUGGAAGCUCACUUGGCUCAGACUUCAAAAGACAUCACAGAUGCCAUCGCUGACUUCAUGGACUGCAGCAUUGUGAUUCCUCCCACUGAGAUCCAAGAUAAGGCAAUGCUGGAGCCGGUGAUCGACUUUCAGAAAAAACUGUUGAGUGAAAGACUCCGUUCCACUGACCCCCGUCUUGCCUUUGGAGAAAGGGUGAAAGCUCUGCAACCUCCACCGGGGCCGAAGGAGGAUCCUCUGGCCCGAACGGGCUAUCCUUUUGGUGGCAUGAUGAAGGAUAUCAAGCGCCGUUACCGCCACUACGUCAGCGACUUCACAGAUGCUCUGAACCCUCAGGUUCUUGCUGCCGUCAUCUUUAUUUACUUCGCUGCCCUUUCUCCAGCCAUCACCUUCGGAGGGCUUCUAGCUGACAAAACGGAAAAAAUGAUGGGCGUGUCAGAGCUCAUGAUCUCCACUGCCGCCCAGGGUGUCUUCUUCUGUUUAAUUGCCGCCCAGCCAGUCCUUGUCAUCGGCUUUUCCGGACCAUUGCUGGUGUUUGAGGAAGCUUUUUUCGUUUUCUGCAAGAUGCAGGGUAUUGAGUACAUCGUAGGCCGCAUAUGGGUGGGUAUGUGGCUGAUAGUGAUCGUGGUUCUCAUCGUGGCAAUGGAGGGCAGUUUCCUGGUCCGAUACAUUUCCCGCUUCACCCAAGAAAUCUUCUCCAUCCUCAUCUCUCUCAUCUUCAUCUACGAGACCUUCAAUAAGCUCUUUAAGAUCUUCAAAACCCAUCCUUUGAUCCUGAACUAUGACCAUCUGAAUGAUACACUGGACAACCCUUUCCACCCAAUCAUCAAGGAGCAUGUUGAGGUCCAUCCAGAUGGCAAUGUAACAGUUCAUGAGUUGGAAAUUGAAAGGGCAUACCCCAACACUGCCCUGCUCUCUAUGUGCCUGAUGUUUGGCUGCUUCUUCAUUGCAUACUUCCUCCGUCAAUUUAAGAAUGGCCAUUUCCUUCCUGGCUGGCUCCGUCGUUUGAUUGGAGAUUUCGGAGUCCCCAUUGCUAUUUUCUUCAUGAUUGCAGUAGAUAUCAGCAUUGAAGAUGCUUACACUCAGAAACUGGUUGUGCCAAAAGGUAUUGAAGUGACUAACCCCAAGGCGAGGGGAUGGUUUAUCAAUCCCAUGGGAGAAAAGAAGCCUUUCCCCGGCUGGAUGAUAGGUGCCAGCUGUAUACCUGCAGUGCUUGUCUUCAUCCUCAUCUUCCUUGAGUCCCAAAUUACUACGCUGAUUGUGAGCAAACCGGAAAGGAAAAUGGUAAAAGGGUCGGGUUUCCACUGGGACCUUCUCAUCCUGGUCACCAUGGGAGGAAUCGCAUCUAUCUUUGGAGUCCCUUGGCUGAGUGCUGCCACUGUGCGAUCUGUCACCCACGCCAAUGCUCUCACUGUCAUGACCAAGGGCCCCAGACCAGAGAUAGAGAAAGUGAUUGAGCAGAGGGUCAGCGGCAUGAUUGUGGCCAUCAUGAUUGGAGUUUCUAUUUACAUGGAGCCUAUUCUGAAGAUGAUUCCAAUGACUGCCUUGUUUGGCAUCUUCCUCUAUAUGGGUAUCACUUCUCUAAAUGGAAUCCAGAUGUGGGACAGGGUCCUUCUGCUCAUUACUCCCAAGAAAUACCAUCCCCCUGAUGCCUAUGCCACCAGGGUGAGUACCAUGCGAAUGCAUCUAUUCACUCUGAUCCAGCUCGUGUGCCUGGCUUUACUUUGGACGGUGAAGAUGAGUGACUUCUCUCUGGCUCUGCCUUUUGUUCUCAUUCUGACCGUUCCUCUGCGCAUGUUCAUGACUGGCAAGCUCUUCACUGCCAUGGAAAUGAAAUGUCUGGACGCUGAUGACGCCAAGGUGACAUUUGAGGAGGAUGAGUAGGAUGGAUCCAUACUGCCACAAACAUCACCAUACCGUUCAUAUUCACAUUUUAUUUAGUGAUGCCACUUCUUUACAGAUUCAAACUGUUCCAUUAUUGUUUGUCUUUAAAGGGCAUUACCUGACAUUUAUUAAUAUAUGACUUCUGCAUCUAAAUUUGUGUUUGCAACCACAACAGACAACUAAAAUUUAUUCAAUUUCAUCAUCGAGACCUAUCAGGUAUUACUAAUUAAUAUUUUGAAGUUUUAGGAUUUCGAAAAUGUUUUUUAAGGUAUAAGUGGCUGUUUAUGUACUUACAGAGUGGCAUUUUCUCUCAGGGAAAAUGAAUGAAUGAAUUUUGAAAAUAAGAGAUAUUUUCCCCUGAGAUGUUAGAUAGAUCCAUUUAUAUAUAAUAGUGUUAUUUUCUUUUAGUGCUCAAUUACAGCAUGGCUUUAAUAUUACAACAAUGCAGUUAGAUUGUAGUUCUGCCCAUGUUAUAAUAAUGUAAUUUCACCUUACUUUAAGAUAAGGAAAUCUGAUGUCAACUCUUCAGAUGCGCACAAAAUAAUUAAUUUUGUGAGACUAUAAUGUGCCUUUUGUCCAUAGUGUAUCAGAUUAUUCAGAAAAGUGUGAAGUUGUUUCUGAAGUUUUCCCAUUUACUUUGUGUAUUCUUUAUGCAACAGUUUAGACUUUUUUUGUUCAGUUGGUCUAUAUAGAAUAUAAAUGCACUGCUUGUGUGUAAGUGUUUAAAUGCUUUGUGAUUUUAAAUGAGAUGUGCAGUGCAGGUAGAUAGUUGAUGCUGAGAUCUUAUUGUUUGAAUUGAUUGUUAUACUGAUGACAUAAUCAGGUAAAACUCUGUAUACAUUUUCCUUGUUGUGCAUUUUAUGUUGCCCAUCACAUUUGUGUGCAAAACACUGUA